CCAAAAGAGACGUGAAUAGCCUGCGCUGUGUACAUAUAAAAGCUGAAAAUUCAGUUGUUUUUUAGUCUCUCCAGAUGAAUGAAUGACGUGUAGAUAGGGUUAGCUGUGAUGUUACCCCGGCUUGUGAGAGUGAUGCAGACGAGACAUGUGGCAGGAGCGUUGCUGGCAGUCUCUUUGACCGCGAUCUUCGGUUGUUUUCACUUGCUGAGUGAAGUGGCUCGUCUCGAUGAUGCAAGGGUCAGAUUAGAGCGAGUAGUCAUCCCAUUACAGCUUGGCAAGGUCCCAGCGGACACAGAUGAUGAUGUUGAUCUUAUUGUUAUAUACACCAAAGUUCCCAAGACUGGCAGUACAUCAUUCGCAAGCAUCGCAUAUGAGUUGUGCAAGAUAAAUAGCUUCAAUGUGGUUUCUAUAGAUAUCACAAGACAUGGUCACAAAUUAUCUUUAUCAGAUCAGAUGAGGUUGAUCACUAACAUUACCAGUUGGACAGAGAAGAAGCCGGCACUGUAUCAUGGACAUGUAGCCUUCAUUGAUUUCUCAAGUCUUGGUUUGCUGAAGAAGCCAAUAUACAUUAACAUGGUACGGGACCCCCUGGAUCGGCUGGUUUCUCACUACUAUUUCCUCCGAUAUGGAGACGAUUUUAAUCCAGCCAAAGUGCGGAGACAUGCAGGAGACAAUGAGACGUUUGACGAAUGUGUCAGUCGAAAUGGGGAAGGCUGUGAUCUUAAACACCUGUGGCUACAAAUUCCAUUUUUCUGUGGCCAAUCUGCAGAGUGUUGGGUACCCGGUAGUAGGUGGGCUCUAGAACAGGCGAAGCACAAUCUUGUCCAUCAUUACUUGGUAGUAGGUGUAACAGAGGAGCUUGGUGACUUCAUUGCUGUGUUGGAGGCGACUCUGCCACGUAUGUUCCUAGGGGCAGUCCAGCUGUUCAACUCAGGUAGCAUGUCCCAUCGGCGGAAAACCGCAAAGAAGAUUGUUCCCAAACCAGAAACCCUGGACCGUAUACAGCAAUCUGCAACAUGGCGGAUGGAGAACGAGUUCUAUGUGUUUGCUGUAAAACAGUUUCAUUUUGUGAAGCAUCAGACAUUUAGCCUUGUAGAUGGGGAAUAUGUUGAAAAGGCAAAGAGUUUUUACCUACGAGAAAAAAUCGGCCUAAACGACACUGGCUUUGAGACAUGUCACUGUGGUUAAUUAGAAUGAAUGUAUAUAGAUAAUUAGGAUCAGAUUCAUCUAAAGAACGACUCUACCAGGAAAUGGUUAUCCUCGUCCGUAAUGUAUGUUUGUCUGAGCAAGAUGUGCAAGAGGUUACUCCCCUUAGUCAUCUAGAUGGACAAAUGAAACUUUCACAUAACAGUACUCAUUUUUAAUGUUGAGUGAGUUCUUUGCCCUAUAAAUAAAAGAAGAUGAGAAAUAUCAUGAUACUCUGUAGAGGGCCGUUCAGUUCAAAAGAAGUGAACCAAAAUGGCUUGAGGGAGAACUCUUCAAUGUUUUAAUAAGGACCGGUUGGACAGGUUCUAUCACUGUAUUUACUUACAGGAGUUGCAAGCAUGACUCUUGUGUCAGAUGUUCAAUUCCUUUACAAAGCUUUCCUUCACAUAUUUUUAACAUCUAAUCAAACAGUGUUCAUACAGAGGCAGAUGACUGUCACUUCAUUUGAGUGAGUUUGGUUUAACGCCGCUUUUAACAGUAAUCCAGUUAUAUCGCGGCGUGUCAGCUUAAUGGGGGAGGAAAGCCCGAAGUGAUUCAGGUCUCAGACGUUUACCACUUCGGUGAA